UAGAAAAACUCUAAUUCCUUCAGCCGCAGGCCCGCAAAACCCCCGAACACCUAAAAAGUAAAAACCCUUGCUCCUUCGUCCUAGCAGCUCCUCUAUUCUUCUCUACAAUCCUCAAAUCUCUCAACAUUACAAUCCCCUGAUGUCUUCACUCUAACAAAACCCAGAUCCAUCUUCGUACGAUUUGUGUUUUGUUUGUUGAAUCACCAUGUCUGCUGUAUCCAGAGGCUUGAUUUCACGUCUCCGAACACUCUUAACACCACACACAUCAACAACUACAAUCCAGUUUAGAGCUUUCAGUACUGAGAUUUUAACACCUGAUAAUGAAGUUAUACAACCCAGAAUCAUUGAAGCUAAACCUGGUGUUAUGACCAAACAAUCUAAAAGAACUGGUGCUAUUGCUAUUAAAUGUGGGAUGACUGCACUUUGGGACAAAUGGGGUAAACGUGUUCCUAUUUCUGUUCUUUGGUUUGAUGAAAAUAUUGUUUCCCAAGUUAAAACUGUUGAAAAAGAAGGCAUCUUUGCUUUACAGGUUGGAUGCUCCCAUAAGAAGGCGAAACAUUUGACAAAGCCGGAGGUGGGUCACUUUAGAGCGCAAGGGGUUCCUUUGAAGAGGAAGUUAAAGGAGUUUCCAGUGACAGAAGAUGCACUUCUUCCAGUUGGUACUACAAUCAAUGUGCGCCAUUUCCUUCCUGGACAAUAUGUGGAUGUCACUGGAAUCACGAAAGGGAAGGGAUUUCAGGGUGUAAUGAAAAGACAUAAUUUUGCUGGAGGUCCAGCAUCACAUGGUGCUUCUAAAUCCCAUCGGAGUGGUGGUUCUACUGGUCAGAGGGAUGCUCCUGGAAAAGUUUUUAAAAACAGAAAGAUGCCAGGGCGCAUGGGUGGUGGGCAGCAGACAGUAAAGAACGUUUGGGUUUAUAAAAUAGACCCGGGAAGGAACUUAAUGUGGGUUAGAGGCCAAGUCCCUGGCGCCACAGGAAACUUUGUGUUUGUAAAAGACGCUUUUGAUGAGAAACCCGAUAUUACAAAGCUUCCUUUCCCGACAUAUUUUGCACCAGAGGACGAGGAUGAGGAAUCAUUAGAACCUAUGACCGUGGAUCUAGGAGAAGUAGAUCCAUUCAUGGCAGCUGAUUGAUCGGUGUGUUGAAUCAGAACAUCACUGAAAGUUUGGUCUUCCUGUAAUGCCCGACAAUCGAUUGUUCUUAAUAUAGAGGGAUAAGAUUCAAAUUGUUUCGAAAUUGGGCUGUGUUUUAUCAUUGAUUUUGAUCCUCGAGCUAGUUUCGACAAAAAUAUGGUGUAGCUAGCCCUAAAUGUAUUUUUGGCAAAAGUUUGGGACCAUUUUGGUUAGGGUCAAAAGUACGUCUGUCUGUAGGAACUCUACCAAUAAGUGGUUGAACUGCUGAUUUUUGGAAAAUCAUAUUUCCGUUCUGAAAUAUUAGCUACACAAGUAUUUUUUGAUAAUGUUCGUUAUUCAAACUUAAUUUAUAUAUUCCGACUAAUAAGUAAGCAAAAAUAUUUUCAAGUGACA